AUGUCUGCGUCUCUGGCUCCAGAAUGUAACGAAGUCAAGGAACGCUACGACACGUGCUUCCUAAAGUGGUACAGCGAGAAAUACCUCCGAGGGGGCGAAAAGGACAGCAAAGAGUGCGCCGGGCUGUUCACAGAGUACCAACGGUGCCUUCAUGUUGCGCUCAAGCAAAGGGGCAUCGACAAGCUUCUGGAAGAGGCUCGCGAGGACAACAAGGAAAACGAUGCGAGACUGACGGCGCCAAAGACUGGCUACAUCACCGCUCGCUGGGAUCUCGUCACCCGCCUCUAUGAGCUGGCCAUUUUCGCCGCCGAGUACGGAGUCGUGACGCGCGCUGCUAGGGGCCUCGUCGCGCUGACGGCCUUGUUCCUCACCAUCUUCCUCCCCAUAUUCCUCCUCGCCAGAAAGGAGACGCAUCUGCACCCGCGCACGCCCGGAUUCGGUGUUUCGGCGCGAGAGCAACUGAGGCGGCAGCAUGAUGGCCUGAUGCGAGUCUUUUGGCCGACGGACACUUGCAGCUCGGAUCGGCCCGGCGUCGUGGUGGGAUGGCGGAACUCGACCCUCGACGUCUUUGUCGUCGCCGUCCUCGACCAUGUCGAUGCCCAGGAUGUCGAGUUCCAUCUCAAACUCGGCUCCUUCUUCCGCAGCGGCCCGCACAACCCAACCCGCAUCUACGACGUCUGCGGCCACUACGCGAUGCACGUGCUCGGCGUCGCCAACCCUUCCAACCCAGAAGCCGCAGACCCGUCCUGGGUCCGCGCCACCACCACCUCGUCCUCGAGGCGCCCGAGAAUCACCUGCGCCAAGGCGUCGAGCGUCCAGCUCAUUCUCUACGACAGGCCUCAGCCCCGGCGCAUGCAGUACAUCUCCCUCGGGCCCAUAGCCUUGGCCCUCGGCGACAAGGGCUCCACGCUCGAGGACACCAAGAUCGAUGGGCCCGAAGGCGAGAUUGAAAAGCAGGAGCGCAAGGCCAAGGAGGCGCGGCGCAAGCUGGUCCAGAAGCUCAAGCUGCAUACCAUCACCCACCGCGUGCCCUCGGCCCGGGACCGGGCGUUGCCCAAGAUUGUCAACCAGGUCAAUUGGUCGUGGGAGCUGGACAAGACACUGCAAAGGAACGUCGGACGCCUUGGGCCGCGACCGAGGCGCAGCCUCAGCGUCUCGGAGAGGGUGGUCGAGUCUGCCACCACAAUGCGGAACUACGUCUUGCGGCAGCUGUGGGCUCUUCUCACGCUGUAUCUGUUCCCGGUCCUGUGGCGGGCAUUCUGCCUGUUCCUGCUCGGUCAUCGGCUGGUGGCCGAGCUGUUGCUCCUCGCCCUCGAGUUUCGGCCCAAGCCAGGCGGCGCGGCGCUCAAGGACAUCUCGGCGACUGCUCAGCAAAUCGAGAUUCGCUUGCAGCAGUUUUGCUACUGGCCCAUGCAGUACUCGACGCUCCGUCAGCGCAAGAUGAACUGGUCGAGCGUCAACACCAGCCAUCCCGACUACAUUCGCUUCUACAACAGCCUCUGGUUGGUGGCCAACGACGUCAUCAUCGGCAUGGCCCUGGGCUCGUACAUUAUCGAGCACGCCGACUGGGUGGCGGCGCAGAUUGGGGACAUUUUGCGGACCUAUGCCGUUGACGCUCUUCGGCGGAGCAUCUCGUGGCUCAUGGGCUGGCCCGCCGGCCUCAAGCUCAACGGCGAGCUCGCGGCGUUUCUGGGAGACUUGUUUCUCUGGGUUAUCCACUACUGGUCGAGCUGCAUCGAAGCGUUGGAGCCAGCGCUGCCGCGUCUCGUGUGGUUCAUAGGCUUCUCGUCAUUUGCAGGUGCUAGCAUGCCGAUUGCCGUCUUCUCGGACCUGCUCUCGGCCCUGACCAUCCACAUCUACUCGUUCUACCUGGCGUCGGCUCGCAUCUACCACUGGCAGCUCACCAUCCUGCAGUCGCUGUUCCACCUCUUCCGCGGCAAGAAGCACAAUGUGCUCCGCAACCGUAUCGACUCGUGCGACUACGACCUGGACCAGCUUCUUGUCGGCACCAUCUUCUUUACCCUGUUGUUCUUUCUGCUGCCCACGGUGGUUGUGUUUUACCUCAAUUUUGCGAUUGCGAGGAUGGUCAUCAUCUCCAUGAAGGCUGGUUUCGACACGCUGCUUUCCUGCCUGAAUCAUUUCCCACUGUUUGCCCUGAUGCUGCGGGUCAAAGACCCCAGGCGACUGCCCGGCGGCAUUCGCUUUGAACUUCGAGAUACCCAAGGCCACGAGGCCUCCGCCACUAACGACUAUAAUGAGCCGCCGACGUCUGUCAUCUACCUCAAAUCCAUCCCCUUGUCCUUUAGCGCCAUGUUCCACCAGUACUUUCAGAUGGCGCACCGCAUCCGGAAGCACUACCUGUCGCCCGGGGUGCUGCUGUGUCUGCUGACGGGCCAGUUCGUGCCACCGAUCAAUAGGAAAAACCUGUACAGCCUGCAAUACAGCAUGCUGCCGGCCAAAAGGGCGACGGCGUGGGAGAUGUGGCGGGCGUUGAACCUGGAGCUGCCCAAGAAGAAGCGGUUCCAGCUGCCGACGAUUCCGGCCCUGCCAAACGGGAGCAAGAGGGCCGCUGGAAACGGACGGACGAGGUCGUACCACUAG